AUGGUUGGUCCCAAGCAGACGGGUCACUCGGGUCAGAGAGAAAAAAACCUGCAAGAUCCCAUCGUUCUGCAUCCUGCAAGCACAGUUUAUUUGUCAAUCGCCAAAGCUUUCUCGGCUCAUAACAAUGUCCCUGUUCUGUACAGCUGUCAUUCUUUCUUCGCCAUUCAUGCCCUAGGAUCUCUUGGAAAAUCAUCAACUCCCGGUGUCGAUCAUGACACUGGUAGAGGUAAGCCAGUCAGUUUUGCCUGA